GGUAUCAACGGCCGAGCUGAUCAGUCUGCGCGAGUCUCUCGAGCGGUGAACGUCGUUUCUUCUGUUCGUCCCUUUCGGAUAUUCGGAUACCUUCCACGUUCAAUCAACUCGAGCACAAGGUUUUCUACGACCACGCUUUACGACCUCUGUUAGGUUCGUUCGAUACCGAAUAGAGACAAUUUCUUGGCCCGUUGCUCGACUUCAGUUCGACCAAGGAAACUCAAUUUCCACGGACGCUGAUACAACGAAAACUGUCGAGCACAGAUGGUCAGAGCAUUUUUUGUUCCAGGGUCGUUGCCUGAUAUCGCAGUGACGAUGGCAUCGGGAAGAGAAAUUUACGGUGCAUUCAGCCUAAUCGUGGACGACGUCGACUCUCACUCGAUAUCGAGCGAAAAUUCCGACUUGGACGGUCUGUCGAACGAGAGCAGCUCUCAGAAUUCGUCUACUCAAACACCUUUGGACAGCCCAGGUGGUCCCAGGGAAAGAAUCAAGCAGAUGCAGGUGGAAGCUGAGACUAGAAGAGGAGAGUUUGCGAGAUUGCUCGAAGAACACGCUCAGGUCGUGAGGAAGCUGAAGAUGAUGGAAGCAGAGGAACAACUCUCGUCGACCGGAAACGUUAUGGGAGCCACGCACGCGUGAUUCCAUUCUUAAUUGGGCAGAACAGUCAUUGGGUUGGGACCACUGCCCUUUCGCGAUUGCAGCAGCACCGAUUCGUUCAAUAAUGGAAAUUGCAGAAAUUUCGAUAAUGGUUGUUGUGCGGGUACAAAAAUACUCGUUCGACGUCAGUGACUUCGGUCGCACCCGAGAAAACAAAGUGUCGACGUAACCCGUAUUUUUUGAAACGCGUCUAAAGCGACGAACUCUCUGAUUUUCUGUAAAAGUGAAUUACUGUAAGAGUGAACUUUAACGAAUGCGGUAAAAUUAUGCUUGAGUCGAUGCGAUGAAAAGCGUGGCUCGGUCGAGCAGAUACGUCGAAUAGAAAGAUCGAAGACGAAUGUCAGGUCAACGACCGUUCGAUCUGAAAACUCGAUCAAGGGAUUACGACGGUGUGACGGACUGAAAAAGCAGAUAGCAGUCAGACAUUUCUCUGUUCGAAAACGAGUAUGCAAUUUUAUCAAAUAUUUAUCGAUUACCUGAAAAUACAUAUGUUAAAUUACAAACCUACUUAAUUCUGUAAAAUUUAUGGCCAAUUAGCUUAUCAAUCCACGUAUUCUACGUCAUAAAACAACUAUACCUAUCAAAUUUUGCACCUCGUUACACUGUCGUAAUCCGCCGCGAUGAUUAGUCCCUAAGUACGAGAUUAUCCUUUUUUCUACGCUUCUUUU